AUGGCACUUUGGCAGCUCACACUUGCAGCUCUUUUUGCGCUGGCAGCAGCUCAACCAGGACCAAAAAUGGUUGACGAAACCACCCGUUGGAGCCAAUGCCGAGACACAAACCAAUCAAUUUAUGACUUUCAGGUAGAAACUCUGCAAGGAGAAUACACAGACCUCAGCCAAUAUCGCGGACAGGUGCUUCUUAUGGUCAACGUUGCCACUUUCUGCGCCUACACCCAACAAUAUACUGAUUUCAACCCAUUAAUCGAGAAAUAUCAAUCCCAAGGAUUCACCCUCAUUGCCUUCCCAUGCAACCAAUUCUACUUGCAAGAACCAGCUGAAAACCACGAAUUGAUGAACGGUAUUAUGUAUGUCCGCCCAGGAAAUGGAUGGAAGCCACAUCAAAACUUGCACAUCUACGGAAAACUUGAGACCAAUGGAGAAAACCACCACCCAAUCUAUGAAUUUGUCAAGGAGUCUUGCCCACAAACUGUUGACAAAAUCGGAAAGACCGACGAAUUGAUGUACAACCCAAUUCGCGCUUCUGACAUCACUUGGAACUUCGAGAAGUUCCUCAUUGACAGAAAUGGACAACCAAGAUUCCGUUUCCAUCCAACCGCCUGGUCCCACGGAGAUGUUGUGACUCCAUUCAUCGAGCAACUCCUUGCUGAGCAAGCCAAUUGA